AAUCGAAGAAGUGAAGACGUGCAGUACUUGUGAAUAUUGUUUAUCGCAAUGGCCAAACCACAUGUGCAAUGUUAGUGUGUUUUUUAAAAAUGUCUUCUAAGCGUCAAUUACCGCAUUUACAUCGCGUAAGCUUUUUUAGUUUGCCAUCUGAUCGUAUUUGCAACGGAUACUCGCUCCACAAACUUUCCGCCAUAUUACGCCUAAAUAAAGUGUUGAAGUCGAGAAACUGGCCUUGGAGUUGGAACCUUAGUUGGAAAGGCGGCGUCGGUGCAGACAUUGUUUUGAAGUCUUGUGUAGUUUGUAGAAGUUUAUCGAUCCGAAUUUUCGAUUGCAAUUCUAGAACUGUUGACACUACAAUCAGAUAGAAGAAUUUAAAAAAUCAGCGAUGAUUUUUUUCUGAGAUUUGAGUAAGUCUGCUACUCGGAAGCUCCUGAUCUGACUGAUCUGAAUCAUCUGUCAUCUGAUUAAGUCAAAAGGUUCCAAAGGCUGUGUGUGUGAACUACCAACAACUGAAUAAAUUGGUACCUCACUUCUGUCGCAAUCAUGUCUUCGACUAUAGUCAACUCAACAGGAUCGGCUUCUGCUGCUAUGCCUGCAGAGUGCGAGCGCUGCCAGUCCUGUGUUGAGCCUUCCCACUGUCCUGCUUAUUGUUUUGCUAACACUUCGUCUAGUGAUAGCACCUCACCUAGAGAUAACAUCUCCCCUAGAGAUGACGUCUCGUCUUGUGAUGCUAGUUGCGCUGCUAACCCCAACAUUCCCUGUACUCACUCGAAUGCUAUGCACCCAACUUCCACGCCUGAUGUCUCGCACAAAGUUUCUGAUGCCUUAAGUAAUCUUAAGUCAGCCGCCAAUGAAUCGGAUAUUGUAACAAAAUGUCCCAUUUUGAUAAGCAAUGUAGUCUUGGAUAAUCCUGAUUUUUGGGAGUCGCAUGAAGCAUCUGCUGAGGAAGAUAACGAUGUAGCCUUUGAACCUACUAAAGUUUGCCAGGGCCGGGAGGUGUACAACCCAGUUGGUGAUGCUAGUUCAAAAGAUGAUGAAAUUGAUGUUGUAGAAAUCUUUUCAAAGCCUAAAGAUAAAUGUUGUUCUGAUGAUAGCUUUGAAGGGCCCAAAGUUGACUCGGCAAUGCCUUCAAAUUCUGCCGACGAAGAUCAAUGUGUUGGCAUCGAUGAAGACAUUACAUGUGGUUCCUGCACAGCUGAAAAGCUUAAUUAUUCUGUGACAGACUUUGACUGUCGUGGUGAUGAUGGCUAUGACACUAGCAUGGAGUGUAAAACUGGUACCUAUUUGAAGAAGGCUUGCAUUGAAAUGAUUCUCACGAAAUGUAGUGUUGUGGCAGGUGAUGAUUUCCAGGAUUUAAAUGACCGCGAUUCAGAUAGCGACGAUUCCCGUUUGAGUAAAUCAGAUAAUGAAGAAUCCUGUAAGAGUGAUCCAGGCAGAAAGGAUUCCGACGAGAGUGGCUCAGAUAAUGAUGAAUCCUGUGAGAGUGAUUCAGAUAACAAGGAAUCCAGCGAGAGCGACAGCUCAGACGAGAACGAGAUUGUGUCCAACGCGGAUGAAUCUGAAGACGAAGUUGAGUUCAUGGAUGACAGCUUCCUAGAUUCUGAGGAUGGUGAACCAACUGAUGAUAUGGAUGAUGACGAUGAUGCUAAUGAUGACAGUGACGAUUCUGUGCAGUUCAUGACGUGCGAUGAUAUAGACAGUGACGAUGACUUGGGUCUUACAUUUGACUUAUUUGAAGCUUCGGAACCAUCGAGUUCAACAACCGCAAAGUCAGAUUCUUCCCAAACCACUGAACACGAAAAGACAAUCGCAAUGGAAAUAGAAGCAGAGCGUAUGAAAGUGCAGGCAGCAAACCGACGCUGGGAGGUGUAUUACAGCGAGACCAGUCACGAGCGUGUGGUCGCUGGUGUCGUCUUCAAAGUUCUUCCAAAACCCAAAGUCCAUUCCCCAAACUGGGGCUGUUUUCCGUCCAAGUCUUCAAUGAAAGGUCCUGAUAACUCGCCAUCUUUGGGCUUCAUUCCAUGCCGGAAAACCCCUGCUCCGUGUGACUUUUUGAGCGCUGUUUCUUCUCGCAUUGAAGUUCUUAUGCGGGAUCAAGGACCUGAUUUGCUGGAGGCUCCUUGUGGCGAACGUGAUGGGCCGAUCCAUAGCAGUUGCGCUUACGAGGCAUCAAGUCCUGAGCUACAGAGGUCUUCAGGGGCCGAAUUGUCGCCUCAGAAAAUGUUCAGUUCGAAAAAACUUGAUGUUAAUUUUCAUGAUGGUGAGAACUGUAGUGCCGACCUUAUGACCAACGAGGGACAAAUAAAGAACGAUUCGAAUGAUACUCACUUGGCUAGUGAGGGCAAAAAUGUUCAAAUGGUGAGCUCAGAUCUGCCAGAGAGCGACUCCAGGUAUGACAUACUAGCAGGAUGCGAGUCAAGUGGCAAGCUUCAAGUUACGUCUUUAGAAGUUACUCUAAAUCUCAUACCUACAAAUUCCUCUUCGGAUGACAACAUUCUUUUUCCUGGUGAACACAACACCGCGUCAAAUGUAUCAGAAGGUCCAAGCUCGUCUGAACAAAUCUCCGACUCGAAUGCCCACUCAAACUUUGCUGUCGUAUCUCCUGCUCAUGUCGACCGACCAUUGCAGUUGGUGAUGAACGUGGCCUUGUAUGAGACGGGAUCGUGCGUUGCGGAACACGGGGUGGACUAUGAAGACUUGUGCUACGAUGGCGUCAUCGAGCAGUUCGAUAUCCUAGUCCAUCCUGACGGCCACAGAGACGCUGUUGCUGUCGUCUCUAUCGAGAACUGCGCACCGCUUCCAUUAAGUUCAUCUUACCCGCCACCCAUCACCUCGGCUUCCAGCAAAAUGUCUAUUUCAUCAUAUGAAGGUGACGAAAAGUCUAGCGAUGAAACUGAUGCGGGCGAUGACUUCGCUUGGACAGAAAACGUUGAUUGUAAUGGAAGCUUCAAAGUUGCUUCUGAUUUUAAAGAUGAAUUCUUUGAUGAUGAAUGUCCUCAGGACGACGGCGCCGAAAUGAACGAAAGUGCUGUGCUGAACCAGGUUCCUGCCUCACUUGAAUGUGAGGCAGGGAACCAGCUUCCGGCCUCACCUGAGCAUGAGGCAGAGAACCAGGUUGCUGCCUCACCUGAACAUGUGUGGGACCAGGUUCCUGGUUCACCUGUGGAUAACCCAGCCAGCGGGCGGCGACGUAAAGUAAUGUUUAACCUGCGUGUGGACAAGCGUUUGCUACACGCGUUCCUCAGUGAACAUCAGGAGGCGCGCAGCGGCAGGUGCUGGAUACAAUGUGUGGCGGAUAGAGCGCGGGAGCGGCGUGCUGCAGGCCGACCUGAGUACGAUCCCUCGUCAGAUGAAGAUGAUGAAUGAUUUGCAUCCAUUGCUUCAUCAUCACCAUUAAUGGAAUGGCAUAUAUUGCUUUAGCACAUCAACUUAAGAACAUCAUCGCUCGUCAUUUGUUUUCUGAUUGUACGUAUGAAAUUUUUGAAUGCGAGUUCGAUCCUUCAUCCGACGAAGAUGAUGAAUGAUUUUCAUUUAUUGCUAUGUGUCAUCUUGGUCAUUAGUGUGCUGAUUUUGCGCAUGAAAAAUGCGGGAUGUUACGCUUGAAUUUUGUCGAUAUUACGCAAAGGCAUUGUUUUUUUAUGGUGUCGAUAUUUUUAUUGUGUUGGUCAUUUGAUCGGAUGUGUUGAAAUUUGCAUACUCCGUUGUACGCUCACAAGGGCGUGCUUUUGGUUAAUAAAUUAUAUUCCAAGCAUUUUUUUCUAUUAUCGUUCAUAGAGAUUACUUAUCGCAUUAAUUGAGUUGAAAUAUUAAUGCUCUGGUAUCGACAAUAUUGGUAAACAAUUAAUAUUUAAGAAAAAGAUCAGAGCAUAGAAGUGUUCAAGAAUAUUGCUGAACUAUUAGUAUAUCACACUAAAAAUAAAGUGCCAGGAAAUCAUUAGUAUUACUAAGCUAUUCACAUUCUUUGAUUCUCGACUCAUUUAAUAUAGCAUUUCAGAGAAAUUCUCUUGUUGGUUGAUUUGUUGACGGAAUGUGUUACCACACAGACUAGUGUCUUUCAUUAGCGUGGCACCACAGUUACUUGUAAUCACCUUAUGCGCUGACUGGUUUAGAAUAAAACUGAUUGAUUUGUGAACAAUAGCUGAGUAAUUUCACUAAUUUGUAGAUUCUAAUUUAGUUUAUCGACGUUGUUUUUAAGUUUGAUGUUCCCGAGUAACAAACCCAUUAAUGAAGGAGAGGUUAUUCCUCGGAGGUUAGUUUUAAUUCCAUUGAUGAUAGCUUGCCAUUAGAUAAGACCACGCUGUUUUAUUUUAUCUAGUGCGUUUACUCUUCUGUCUGUCCAGUUCGCUGUGGCCAGUUAGCGUCGGUGCUAAAUAACGCUUAUUUCCAUUUAAUUUGUGCUCAGGUUAUACUAUCUCGGGUUCGGGUAUUUAUUUGUUUAGUGUAAAAAUAUUAUAGGACUUUGCUCCCUCGUAAUUUUUAGUUUAUAAGUCAGCACAAUAACAACACAUGGCUGUGAAAUGGUGCUCGUAAUCUUUGUUGUUUAAGCGUGUGAUCUCAAGUAAUGUUGUAAGCAACACGUGUGAUCUCAAGUAAUGUUGUAAGCAACACGUGUAAUCUCAAGUAGUGUUGUAAGCAACACGUGUGAUCUCAAGUAGUUGUAAACAGCACGUGUGAUUUCAAUUAGUGUUGUAAGCAACACGUGUCAUCUCAAGUAGAAGUAGUGUUGUAAGCAACACGUGUGAUAUCAGGAAGUGUUGUAAGCAACACUCGUUAGUGCCGUUAUUCGUAAUGAUUAAUUUAUGUAAUGCUUUAUGUUCGUACGAAAUAAUUUUUAACGAUCUCGAGCAUUAGCGUGUAGUAAAGAGAAGCUGCCGGUGAUUGUCAUGUGCUAUGAUUGCCGAAUGUUGUGCUACACGCUGAUAGGUCCAUAUAUUUGCACAGCGAACACUGACAGAGCUCUGUCCAACAUUGACAGAGCUCUGUCCAACAUUAACUGAGCUCUCUCCAACAUUGACAGAGCUCUGUCCAACAUUAACUGAGCUCUGUCUAACAUUGCCUGAGCUCUGUCCAACAAUGACAGAGCUCUGUCCAACAUUAACUGAGCUCUGUCCAACAUUGACAGAGCUCUGUCCAACAUUAAGUGAGCUCUGUCCAACAUUGACAGAGCUCUGUCCAACAUUAACUGAGCUUUGUCUAACAUUGCCUGAGUUCUGUCCAACAUUUACAGAGCUCUGUCGAACAGUAACAGUGCUGUCGAUUGAUUUAAAAUUAAUUAUAUCUUGAGUGCAACUCUCGCUGGUAGAAUUACUCUCUCUUUCCACCCUUGCAUAAUAGCUAGCACUUUUUCAGCUAUUUUUACGUGUAAUUAGCUCACUGUUUACAAAAUUCAUUUAGCAAUUAGAUGGAUAAAGUAGAUGCUGUGACGAUCGGAAAUAAUUUGAAGGUGAAUGAACUAUGCUAGGUUUGCUCGUCUUAGUUGGUGUGCUCUAAUUUUAACUACCUUCCAAUGUCAAAACAGUAGUUUAAUGAUGUUUUAGUUGAAUUGCUUAGUUUUAAUUAGUAUUAGUUGAGGUAAAUGGCUGCACUGAAUAUUUUUUCUGACCUUUUCGGGUCAUUAAAUUAUGCUUCUUGGUGCAUUAUGUCACUCUCCUUUUUUAUUACUUUUUAAGCUGACGUUGUAUAGGAUAUGUUUCGAAAUAAGGCCUAGGUUCGUUUACUGGUUCUCUUUUGGUUUGUUUUGGUGUAGAGGCGGUAAUAAAUAUGUCUGAGGCUA